CUAAAACUGUUUAGUGAUAAAGGAGUAUGCCUAUCCUGCACUGCACACUGGAAAAUGUCUAUAGCCAACGCCUUUUGUCAACAAUGUAGCCUAGCGAUCGUAAAUGAAUGUAGAAGAAAGGCCGUUCACAAAGCGAAAGUGAUCAUUAAGACGUUUUGUUGCGCGCCUGCAUCUUGCGCCUUACCACAUUGCUACAAGGAGACAUGUGUUAACUAUCCCCUCAGUUUAUUUUUGUUUUGUUUUGUUUUCUGUGUCGAACCAAAAGCUAAACUUCACGGGGAAAAGCUGUGCAAGAAUGAAGUCAUCCCUUGAACAUUGCUAAUCCUUCAGUUCUACUGAAUAUUUGGACUUCAAAGCCAAACUCCGCAAUCGAGACACAUGUUUGGCCUUCAACAUGGCGUGCUGGGUCCUGCAAAUACUGGCGCAAAAUCCAAAGCUCAUUGCGGCCAUUUUAAUAUCCGGCAUUGGUGGGGCCUUCCAGUAUGGCAUUCAGAUCUCUAUAUUGAACGCACCAUCUGUGUUCAUUAAGGAGAUGGUGAAUCACACGUAUACGGAGCGCUACGGCCUGGUCUUGGAGCACAGUCAGCUCUCUCUAAUCUGGUCUUUCAUAGUCUCCAUCUAUUGCAUCGGUGGUCUGAUGGGGUCUCUGGUUGCUGGAAGGCUUGCGAAUAAAUAUGGGAGGAAAAGAUCUUUGCAGCUGAACAACCUGUUGGCCAUCUUUGGAGCCCUCCUGAUGGGCCUCAGUAAAACAGCCCAGGCGUUUGAGAUGAUCUUGGCGGGAAGAUUCGUUUAUGGGAUUAACGCAGGCAUGGGCCUGUUGAUCCACAGCAUGUACCUGAUCGAGUGCUCCCCUAAGAGGGUAAGGACUAUGGUUGGUGUGACCAUAUCCUUGUACAUCUCCAUUGGGAAGUUCACUGGUCAGCUCCUGGGCCUUAGUGAGCUACUGGGUACUGAGAAUGGCUGGCCCUGGUUGCUGGGUUUCGGAGGUGUCACUGGGCUGCUGCAGCUGCUGACUCUGCCACUGCUGCCAGAGUCGCCCCGAUACCUGCUGCUGAUGAAGGAGGAUCGCCAGGCCUGCGAGAAAGCCAUGGAACGUUUGUGGGGUCGUGAUCAGGACCACAGCUCUGAGAUGGAGGACAUGUUGGCUGAGGGGGCUGCCCAGAAAGGGGUUCGUGUGCGGGGGGUGAAGGAGCUGCUGACCGAGCCGUCUGUCCGCUGGCAGCUCCUCACGGUCUUCAUCACAGCAGCCACUAUCCAGCUGUGUGGCAUCAACGCUGUGUUUUUCUACGGGAGAGACCUGUUUAAGAAAGCUGGAAUUAACGACAGUGACCAGCCUUACAUUGCACUUGGGACUGGUCUGUGUGAGCUUCUAGCCGGCACCAUCAGUAGUCUGGUGAUUGAGAAUGUUGGGAAAAAGAUACUGCUGUCCUUUGGAUACCUCAUCAUGGCUGGUGUCCUAGUCCUCCUCACAAUCACACUAUACCUUCAGAGCCAAGUGCCCUGGAUGUCCUACUGUAGUAUCAUCCUCAUCUUCAUCUUCAUCAUACUCUUCUGCAGCGGACCAAGUGCCACAACAGCGUCACUUCCUGGUGACAUCUUCAAUCAGUCCUUUAAAGCAGCUGCGUACACUGUCAAUGGCACCAUGAUGUGGACAUGCCUCUUCCUCGUGGGCAUGCUGUUCCCGUUCAUGGUGGACAACAUGGGCUACCUCUGCUUCCUCAUCUUCCUCGCCUUCUGUUUUGGCGCGGGACUGUUCAUAUGGUUCAACGUUCCUGAGACCAGGAACCGCACGGUGCUAGAAAUCGAUGCAGAGUAUCGGAGGAUACACCGCAGAACCUCGCCCCAGACCAAACCCACUGAAGAGGCCACACCAACAGCAGAGACAGCAUUCUUAGAGAACUCGGUAUCGGCACCAACCGACCAACCAGCUUUGAGGGAUGAAGAGUGCACCUAGCCUUUGACCUCAUCUAGACACUUCUUAGGGGUCGAUCAGACAGCACACAUUUCGGGCACUUUUCUGCUUUGGGUUGAACUUUUUUCAAUCCGUGGCACUCAGGGUGCCUCUUACGAAACGCUGCAGGUGCAACAGGCGCACCAAACGCCAGGGGCUCUGGGCGCAUAAGCAGUGUGCAAAACGCUCACUGCUAAUAUGAAAAAGGUGCACUACAAAACCGUGCUCUGUCUGAUCGCCACUUAUGCUGCAAUGCUUAUGCCUGUUCUUAUUUCCUCGUUGGAUCAGUAUUGUUGACCCAUUGUCAUUAUUACUUAAAAAGAAACAGUGCACUGAAAUCUAAACUUCAAAUCAGUAUCGUCUGCAAAUAUGUGACUUGUGUUUACGUCUACACGAUUUUAAGCCCAUCAUUAUUUUUGUCACUUUCAGUAAUCUUCUCCUCUCGACCUGCUAGCUACUCAUUCAAUGAAUACACUGUAAGGAAAGCUCUGGUCUCUGCAGGCAGUCCAGGUUUCAAACACUGAGAACAAACAAAGUGGAAGGGAUGAACUACCUCUAUGUUUUUUUUUUAGCUUUGUUCAUGUCCUUUGUGUUUAAUGUUGCUUUUAUGUGCCCAUAUAUAAUAAGUUCCAGCUUUCAUUUAUUUCAUCUUCACUUUUACAUAUACUGUAUACUGUAGAUACAUCAACAUAUCUAUCUGUGUCUAUCUGUGUCUAUCUGUGUCCUCCUGUCUGUCUGUUCCGUGUUUUGUUACUACAAUAAACAUUGAUUGCUGCAUCAACUUAAAAA